AUGGCCACACCGGAAGUACAAACAUGGAGUGCAAACGGAGGGAACAUUUUGGUGUGGUACACCGAAGGCAGCCACUGGAUUAACAUCAAGCCUGUGCUGGAAACCCUGAUCAACAGGGGACACCAGGUCACGGUCCUAGUCCCCACCGUGUCUAUGUUCAUGAACACCAGUGAACCCUCACGCUUUCACUAUGAACCCUUUAACGUCUCCUUCUCAAUGGAGGACAUAGAACUGAUUUAUGAAGACCUCCUUCACUUCUCCAUGUAUGAGAUGGAUCAAAUGAGCUACUUGCAGAUUUACAUCAGAUUCAUGGAUCUGAUGAAGACCGACCUAUAUUAUACUCUUAAGUAUCUAGAUGGUGUGCUGAAAUCAGAGACCAUGAUGAAGAAGCUGAAGCAGGGAAACUACGACGUUCUCCUGGCUGACCCCAUCUACCUGGGCAGUGACUUAACAGCAGAGAUUUUGGGCAUCCCUCUGGUCUUCACUCUGCGCUUUUUCUUAGCCCAUAACUUUGAGAGACACUGUGCUCAGCUACCUGCUCCACCUUCUUUUGUCCCCGCUGCUAUGAGCAAACUGACAGACAAGAUGAACUUCUCAGAGAGACUGUGGAACUUUCUCUUCUACGCACUGAAUGACAUUGUACUAAAUCACAUUCUUUGGAAAGAAGCAGAUAAAUAUUACUCUGAAAUCAAAGGAAAACCCACUAGUGCCUGUGAGGUGAUGGGUAGAGCAGACAUCUGGUUGAUGCGAACCUACUGGGAUUUUGACUUCCCUCGUCCUUUCCUUCCUAACUUCAAAUUUGUUGGUGGGCUCCACUGCAGACCUGCUAAACCUUUACCAGAGGACAUGGAGGAGUUUGUGCAGAGUUCUGGAGAAGCUGGCAUUGUGGUCUUCACUUUGGGAUCUUUAGUCAAGAACAUUACCACAGAGAAGGGAAACAUUAUCGCCUCGGCCCUGGCUCAGAUCCCACAAAAGGUGCUGUGGAGAUAUGCUGGAGAAAAACCAGAUACUCUCGGUGCCAACACCAGAAUAUAUAAAUGGAUCCCUCAGAAUGACCUACUGGGUCACCCCAAGACCAGAGCUUUCAUCACCCACGGCGGCACAAACGGGAUUUACGAGGCCAUCUACCACAGUGUUCCCAUGGUGGGUAUCCCCAUGUUCGGUGACCAGCCAGAGAAUAUGAUCCAUAUGGAAACGAAGGGAGCUGCAGUCAUUGUGGACUUAAACUCCAUGAAGACUGAGGACCUUAAAGAUGCAAUCAAUGCUGUCAUCAAUGAGAAAACGUACAAGGAAAAUAUCUUGCGGCUUUCCAGUAUCUACCACGACAGACCCAUGAGUCCUCUGGAUGAGGCGGUGUUCUGGAUCGAGUUCACCAUGAGAAACAAAGGAGCCAAGCACCUGAGGGUCCAGGCCCAUGAGCUCACCUGGUACCAGUAUCACAGCCUGGAUGUCCUGGCCUUCCUCCUUGCUGUUGUCCUCCUCCUCAUACUCCUCUUUAUCAAGACCUGCAGUUUCUGCUUCCAGAGGUGCUGUGGCAGAAAGGAAAAAACAAAGAGAAAGGCUGAGUAACGGGCUAAACUGAAGUUAUGUUGGUAAAGAACUGGUGAAUGAAUAAAAAAACAGUUCACUGGUUGUCC